AUGGAUGCCAGAAAAGCUUCCAAGAAGCGCAAGGCGGUCACUCGCGAUGUUGAAGAGGAAGCCGGUGUUUUUUCCGGCGAUGAGCUGAGCGCGGACAACUUGGACGGAGCUCUCUCGGAUAACAACAAUGAGCUGUCGGGGAGCGAAGAGGAAGACAGCGAUUCCGAGAUUGAAUUGAUUGACGAUUUCAGCGACGAGGAAGACGAGGAGGAUGAAGGAGAGCUCGACAGCGACGAACUUCCCUCUGACACUGAGCCUGAGACUCCAAAACUGUCAAAAUCCACGCCUGCCGACCACGAGCCGAAUUUCCGUAUUGUCAAGGACGCCAACGGCAAUGAUCGUUACCUCUAUGAUGAGAUCAACCCAGACGACAAUUCAGACUACUCCGAAGCGGAUGAGAAUGCCAAUACCAUCGGUGACAUUCCUUUGACUUUCUACGAUCAGUACCCGCACAUCGGAUACGACAUCAAUGGCAAGAAAAUCAUGCGACCAGCCAAGGGCGAGGCUCUCGAUGCACUGCUCGACAGUAUCGAGGUCCCCAAGGGUUGGACUGGUCUUACCGACCCUUCGACUGGCAAGCCAUUGGAAUUGAGCCAGGAAGAAUUAGAGCUUCUGAAGAAGGUGCAAAUGAAUGAGUCUACGGUCGAUGGCUACAACCCUUACGAGCCCUUGGUGGAGUCUUUCUCCAGCCAGCUUGAGAUCAUGCCCCUCAGUGCUGCUCCCGAACCCAAGCGUCGAUUCGUGCCCUCCAAGCAUGAGGCUAAGCGGGUGAUGAAGAUUGUCAAGGCCAUUCGUGAAGGCCGCAUCUUGCCUUAUCGGCCCCCAGAGGAGCGUGAGGAGAAGGACGAGACUCUCAUCAACUAUGACCUCUGGGCCGAUGAGGUCGCUCGCCCGGACCAUAUUAUGCACAUUCCGGCGCCCAAGCUGCCUCCUCCAGGCUAUGAGGAGAGUUACCACCCUCCUCCAGAGUAUCUUCCUGAUAAGAAAGAACGCAAGGAGUGGGAGCAGACUGACCCCGAGGAUCGUGAGAAGGAAUUCCUGCCCAAUGACUUUGGCUCUCUUCGUCGGGUUCCUGGGUACGAGAACUUCGUUCAGGAAAAGUUCGAACGGUGCCUGGAUCUAUAUCUGGCUCCUCGUGUGCGUCGUAGCAAGCUCAACAUUGAUCCUGAGAGCCUGCUGCCCAAAUUGCCCAGCCCCGAGGAGCUGAAGCCCUUCCCUACUACUUGCGCGACUGUGUUCCGCGGCCACAAAGGCCGUGUUCGCUCGCUCAACGUUGAUCCCACCGGAAUCUGGCUUGCCACUGGUGGUGACGACGGCACCGUCCGUGUCUGGGAAAUUCUCACUGGCCGUCAACUCUGGAGUGCCAAGCUUAGCGACGAGGAUGCGGUCAAUGUUGUCCGCUGGCGACCCGGCAAGGACGCAGUUGUCCUCGCUGCCGCUGCGGGUGAUGAUCUCUUCCUGAUUGUUCCCCCCUUGAUCGCGGCUCCCGAGAUCGAAAAAGCCAGUCUGGAUCUUCUCGACGCUGGUUGGGGUUAUGCCGCCUCGAACCCUGCGCCGAGUGCGGCGGAUGCGCUCAAGAAGAACAAUCCUCCCCAGUGGAUUCGGCCUUCCUCCGAGCUCGCGGAUGCCGGUGUUUGCGCGGUCAUCCCUCUUCGUUAUGUGGCCAAGUCCAUCUCCUGGCACCGUCGCGGUGACUACUUUGUCACCGUCUGCUCGGGCGCAUCUACACCGGCCUCUGUGGCCAUUUCCAUCCACACUGUCUCCAAGCAUCUCACCCAGUAUCCGUUCCGCCGACGUCUCAAGGGUGGUGGUCCCCCUCAAACUGCCCACUUCCACCCGUCUAAGCCGAUCCUGUUCGUUGCCAACCAGCGCUCUAUCCGUGGAUACGAUCUGUCCCGCCAACUGCUGGUCAAGAUUGUUCAGCCUGGUGCCCGCUGGAUCUCCUCCUUCGACAUCCAUCCGACCUCGUCGACCGCCUCGGGUGGUGACAACAUCAUCGUCGGUUCCUACGAUCGCCGCCUCCUCUGGCACGAUCUCGACCUGUCGCAGCGCCCGUACAAGACCCUGCGGUACCAUCGCAAGGCCAUCCGUGCCGUCAAGUUCCACUCCGGUGGCCGCUACCCCUUGUUCGCCGAUGCCAGUGACGAUGGGUCUCUGCAGAUCUUCCACGGUAGCGUCACGGGUGACAUGCUCAGCAACGCCAGUAUCGUUCCCCUCAAGGUUCUUCGGGGCCACAAGAUCACCGGCGAGCUUGGUGUUCUCGAUAUUGACUGGCAUCCACGGGAAGCCUGGUGUGUCAGCGCCGGUGCCGAUGGCACAUGUCGCUUGUGGAUGUAG